AUGGCAACAGAGGACAGGGAGAUGAUGGAAGGCCGAGGGGCAGGAGAAAGCCGCCCAACCUUCCCCAAGAUGGUGCCUGAUGACCCCAUGCCCGAAGGGAAGUCAAGGGCUUCUUUGCCCCAGGAGGCAGAGUCCCCCAAGCCAGACUCGUCCUACGACUACCUUGAGGAGAUGAAAACUUGUGAGGACAGAGGCUGCCCAGGACCACCUAAGUCACUGUCCUCCAAGGCCGGCGCCGCCACCACCAAUGGCCAGGCGGGCGAUGGACCUGAACGCGCAGAGCUGCCCCUGGCCCCAGCCGCAGUGGCCCCGGGGACCCCAGGGCCCCAGCGAAACGACGAGAUGGAGUUGGAGAAGGUGCGCAUGGAGUUCGAGCUCAAGCGGCUCAAGUACCUGCAGGAGGAGAACGAGCAGCAGCAGCAGCACGAACAGGUGAUGGAGCAGCUGCGGCAGCAGGCGACGCCCCGCCUGUUCUCGGGAGGCCUCCAGGACCUCCUGCUCCCCCAGAACCAAUUCACCAUGUUUCUGUACUGCUUCAUCUUCAUACACAUAAUCUAUGUCACCAAGGAGAUGAUCUUCUUUCUCUUCUCCAAGCACUACCUGUUCAGCAUCGCAGCCAUUUUGCUCUGUUUGAUUAAAACUUUAUGCAGUAAGAGGCGGAUAAAAGAAUUAAGCGCGAUGAAAUUUGAACAGCGCCUGGCACCAAGCCUGGCCCGCAGCCAGAACCUGGCACCCAGCUGCAUUCAGCAAAUACUUGCUAAUCGUGCUGUUGAAUUUUCUCGCUGGCCAGUGCACAGGGCCCUACCUGAGCAGAGGCCGCCAAAGGCCUCCCUGCCCAUAACCUUUUACUUCUCCAUAGCACUUAGAUCAACCGAAGUCACCAGCUGUCUACUUGCUCGGUGUAGCGAGUGUCCCCUCCUGAGCCCUCAGCCCUCUCACUUGUGCCCACCAUCCCCAUCAGCAGGUUCCUUCGUAAAAGCUGGGGUCUUAACUGCCCUGUUCACUGAAAGGGAUGCGGUGCCAGGCAGAGCGCCUGACAUUGGCAGCUCAGGAUCGGAAUUAAAUCUACGCUCUCCCUCCACCAACUUAUCUUUGCCGACAGCCUUCCUGCGGGGGGGCAGGGGGGCUGGCCUUAGUGAGGGGCAGGGCCUGGCUGCCCGAUGUUCAGUCUCCCCCAGCCCUCCCCAGGCAGGGAGUGAGCCUGCAGAAGCAGCCUCGCCAUAA